UGAUUAAAGGCUUUCGAGCUUGUCAUAAUCUCCCAUAGAUAUGUCUAAAACCAAAAAUAUUCCAAGAAUCGAGACGUUUACUUCACCCUCUCCUUGAUAGAGAAAGAGGGAGAUUAAAAAGAAAAAGAAAGAAAGAGAAAGAUUUUCCCCUCUUAUUCUAACCAGGAUGUCAACAAUAGCAAGGUCUCAGAGUUAGUUCCAAGGAUAGACGGGAUUCCGAGCUUGCCAUAAUCUCCCUUCACAAAAUCAGAGAGUUUUCCCCAACCUAAAAAUAUAAUCAAAAAAUUCCCCAAAAUUUAAAGCUACAAAGUAAUGUGUGCCUGUUGGACAGCUGACCCUCGAAUGCGUUUAGACUUUGCUGCUAUAAGGCAACAAUUAGCCCUUCAAUUAGAAACCGUUAGCGAUGAAUAUUCUUAUUUGAAAUUGGAUGCUUCUAAAGAUUAUUAUAAUGUUUCUUAUGGGGAAUUGAAAGAGCAACAAGGAGGGGAAGAGGUUGAGGAAGAUGAGGAGGUUGGGGAAGUUGUGGAGGAGGUUGUAGAGGAGGAAGGAGUGGUAGAGGAGAUUAAUAAUAUAGAGGAGAUUGGCAAAAAUAAGGAGGAAGAAAAUAAAGGGGGAAAUAAGGAAGAGAAUGAAGAGGAUGAUAAUAGGAGAAGGAAGAAAAAUGAGGAAAAAGAAGAUGAAGAAAGAAGAAAUGGAAGAAUACCAAAAUAG